AUGGCAGCACCCCGGAGGCCAUAUCGGCAAAUUAUUGACGGCGUACCGCGUAGCCCCUGGGUGGACCCGGACGCGUUUCGGCGCAGCCUGUCGUUCCGUGCUUCCAAAGGUGACUUCGUGCAGAGCUCGUACCCCAAGAGUGGCACACACUGGGUGCAGUACAUCACCCAGCUGAUUCUCAAGGGAGGCGAGCCGAUCGACACCUACGCCGAAUUCACCAGCAACACCCGCCUCAUCGAGUACAUGGCGUACGACAAGUGGACGCCCACGUUGCCCGUGCGAACGCUCCUCACUCAUCAGCCUCUCUGCCGGGAGACGAUGAACGAUGACGCCAAAUACGUCUACGUGGCCCGGAACCCCUGGGACGUGUGUGUGUCUGUUUUCCACAACAUGACCAACAUGAGCAUAUACCGUUUCCAGGACGGCACGUUCGAAGACAUCGUGGACCCUUUCCUGGAAGGAGACCUGGGCUACGGCAGCUACUUCGAACACGUUGCCUCGGGAUACGCCCUCAAAGACGAGCCAAACGUGUUCUUCCUGACUUACGAAGAGCUCAAGCGGGACACGCCGGGAACGAUUCUGAGACUCGCUCACUUUCUGGGCGAAACCUACGGCAGGGCGUUGGAACAGCAAGAGGGACUGCUGCAGAAGAUUAUCGAGCGUUCCCAGCCUCAGAGCAUGAGGAAAGUGAUCGUGUUUGACCUGCAAGGAAACGAGAACGCCGGCUGGCGAGAUAUGUUCGGCAGGAAGGAUGUGUCUUGCAGGCACGGAUACGGUGGAGAUAAGACCAAAUAUGGCGUCGUGAGGGAGGCCAAAAUGGGAGGCUGGAAGGAACACUUCACACCAGACCAGCUGGCGCGUUUCGAGAAGAAAAUACGAGACCUGGGGGGCGAAUCGUCUUUCAUGCAGCUGUGGUCGGAUAUUCGUGAAGAAGCUCGCGCGCUGUCCGACAUUUGAAUGAAUAGAGUAUUGUUUUAUGAUGAUGUGAUGGGCGCGCAGAUGAAGCAAUAAAUA